UGUAACGCGCUAAUUAUUUAUUAACUAAUUAUUAUUAACUAAAAUCAUUUUGUAAUUUAAAAGUAAUAACAAAUCAUAAUUGUUAUGUCAUAACUUCAAUGGAAUGUUGUCAUUUGUCUUGUGUCAUAAUACUUACUUCUGAACACAUAACAACAAAGUAUUUUAAAGUAAAAUUUAUUAAUAAGUAACAUGAUAAUUAUUUAUCAAUUAAUAAACGUCAGUAUUAAAAGUAUUUUAAAUAUUAUAAAAUUGAUAAUAAAUCAAGUUUACUUACAAAGUUCGAAAUUAUAACAGAUUGAAUGGGAAACACGAAUAAUAAAAUAAAUAAAUACUCGCGACGUAAUUAUAGCAGUCAGUGUAGUCUCAGUAGUAUUAUCAGCGGAGGUUGUACAGGAACGACAGAAUCUAUUUAUGAAGAAUACAGACCAUUAUCACGUAUCUCACGACGAACAUGGACUGAAGGAACAUUAAAUGAUCCAUUGAGUUCAUCAAAAACAGUAUGGCCUGUACCAAAAUUUGAAGCGAUAUUUUUACCAGAAUUUAAAGUUCGAGAGCAUCCAAUUAAUAAUGAUUACAAUUUUAUUAAAUUCAUCGCCAAAGGAGCUUACGGACGUGUAUUUAAAGUCGAAGAUAAAGUUACUGGAAAUAUUUAUGCUUUAAAAGUUAUCAGCAAAUCAAGAAUAAUUGAAGAAAAUGCAGUUGAACAAGUCAAACAAGAAGUGGCUAUUCAAAAAGCAGUCAGCCAUCAUCCAUUUAUUGUUCAUUCCUGCCAUCACUGGCAAGGCAGAAAAACUUUAUAUAUGUUAACAGAAUAUGUCAAUUGUGGUGAACUUUAUUAUCUAAUUCGCGAGUAUGAAAAAUUACCAGAAGAAGUUGUUAGAAUUUAUGUUGCUGAAUUGGCAUUAGCUAUAGAUUUUCUUCACAAUGCUGGUAUUGUACAUAGAGAUUUAAAAUCUACAAAUGUAUUAUUAGAUAAUGAAGGACACGCGGUACUGAUUGAUUUCGGCUUAGCUAAAUGGUUGCGUCCAUUACAUCGUACUAAUACAUUUUGUGGUACUCAAGAAUAUAUGGCUCCUGAAAUAGUACGUAGAGAGUAUUAUGGCCAUGAAGUUGAUUGGUGGUCUUUAGGAGUUCUUACAUGUGUUCUUCUUACUAAUAAGUUUCCAAUCACAUUAACUGAAAAGAGUAUAGAAGAUAACGGUAGAUCAAUAACUCCAGGAGCAUUACCAGAAGAUGUAGAAAUUUCAAAAGGUGCUGAAGAUCUUUUAAAAAAAUUACUCCAACCAGAUCCUAGAGCUCGGUUACGAUCGCUAUUCGCGUUACAACGAAUUGCUUUUUUUAUGGGACAUGAUAUCCAAAGUUUUAUGUCGAAAAAAAUUUCACCUUUUAAAUUACUCGGCAGACAAAUGGGCCACAGCGUACAAUUACAUGAGACUGAGUGCAAUGGUAUUUUAAAUGGCUUACAAUCUUCCAAUGGCAAUGUCGGUCAUAAAACCAAUUAAUUAAUUAAUUAAAC